AUGUCAGGAAAUUCAACGCGUUCUGGAUCAUUCAUGAGGAUACUUCAGCAUCAGCCUCAAGAAGUAGAUGAAAAAUGGUGGUUGCCGGUUCCUUGUGUUCCUUCUACUGGCCCAUCUGAGAAAUCAAUGAAACAUUUGUUCCAAAAGCGCGAUUGUGCCUACCAAAUUCACAAAGUUUCACUGUCCAUCAAUAAUAGCAUUCUUGCUGAAAUGGAGAUACCCGAAUCAUACCUUGCAACUCUGCCUAAGAAUGGAAAAGCAAGUGUGGGAGAUAAUAUUUACCGCUACAUGUAUACCACAGUAAAAUUUUCCCCGGGUUGUCUUCUUGAUUCUCUUGAUAUAGGCUCUGAACAUGAGGCACUUGAGUUUGCAGACAAGCCCGAUGGAAGAAGAUUGGCAGAUAUCAUCAAACCUGGGUGCGUAAACACCGACCCCAACUUCUCCAACAAGCUUAGGGGAACAGACAUCAGCUACCCAGGUGGCCUAUGGUUAGAUCCACACGGAUGGGAAUCCGGCUAUCUAGAAAAUAUCAAGGAGUCGAGGACAAAAGAGAUCAAGAAUGGAAGAUUGUCCAUGGUAGCCGUGAUGAGCGCAUGA